UUUGUAUCCCUGUCAUAAAAUGUUGGAACUAUGAUGUUUCGCUGUUAACUUUGCUUGAAGUUAUAUUUUGAAUAUUUUGUGAAAAGAUGACAUCAAUAUUGAGGAACUGUUGGAAGCUGUCGCGAAGUUUGCCGGCUGCUACACCGAAAUGUUAUCCCGUUUUUCCAUCAUCGAUACGAUGCAACACCACGACAGCCAGCGAUAAUACUGAAAAAAUCGAGACUCGUCCCACGGUACGUAAACCCAGUCAUGUCGAUGUCACUCGUUUGAUAAACUUUGGUCGCUAUAUCUCUGACUGCUUGCCAAAGUAUGUACAACAAGUACAGUUAACUGCUGGUGAUGAACUAGAGUUACUCAUUGCUCCUGAAGGCAUUAUUCCUGUAUGUACAUUUUUGAAAGAUCAUCAUAAUACACAGUUUGUUAAUCUGUCAGAUAUCACUGCUCUGGAUGUACCUAGUAGGCAGUACAGAUUUGAGCUUGUUUACAACCUGUUAUCGUUGCGAUACAAUUCGCGUAUUAGAAUAAAAACGUAUACUGACGAGUUGACACCUGUUGACUCCAUCUUUAGUGUGUUUAAAGCUGCUGAUUGGUACGAACGUGAAGUAUGGGAUAUGUUUGGAGUAUUUUUCUCAAAUCAUCCGGAUCUUCGCAGAAUUCUUACAGACUACGGCUUUGAAGGGCAUCCACUAAGAAAAGAUUUUCCACUCAGUGGAUAUGUUGAGGUUCGCUAUGAUGACGAGCAUAAAAGGGUAGUUAUUGAGCCAUUGGAAUUGGCCCAAGAAUUCCGUAAAUUCGAAUUAGCUGCUCCGUGGGAACAGUUCCCUAAAUUCAGGGAAGCUCCGCCAACUGCCCAAACUAUCUCAAAAGAAAAGUAACUGUUUUCACUUAGAUCAUAGUUAUAGUCUGGGAAAGCAGAUAUAUGAAGUAUGUAUAUUGAUAAAAUGUAAUUUACAUUAAUAUCUGUUCUCUUAAUAAUUUCUGAAUGUUUAAUUCGGAGAUUUGUCGUGGAAAUACAGAGCAUAAUAUGUA